AUGGGAAAGGACGGGAAUGAGAAGGAAACGGACAGGCCUGGCCGGACCCCCGGAGAGAACGAGGGGCAGCUCCAGCCUCCAGCCUCCAGCCUCCAGCCAGCACCAAAGGCCCGUCGGACGGCGGUGGGCAGACACAGAGCAGAGCACCUAAAAAGUAACCUGUGUGUGUGUGUGUGUGUGUGA